AAAACCCCAAUCUUAAAUUGGCUGCAUUUUCAAAUUCAACCUUUCUCUAAUAAUUACGCCCAAAAACACACAGCAAAAAAGGGUGGGAGCACACAAUUAAUUACACCUAAAAGUUUCCCACUCUCACCAUCGCCACUGUUUGUGCGUUUUAUUGUGAGAUGAGCAGACUGUCCAAGUUUGAAAUCUUCGAUUCGCUUCCGGCGUAGCUCCGUUGUAAUUUUUUUUUCUGGUUGUGUUUUGUGCUGAAUGGCUAAGCGCGUGUACCAAGUAUGGAAGGGUAACAAUAUCUUUUUCCUGAGUGGGAGGUUGAUUUUUGGCCCCGAUGCAAGAUCACUGCUUGUCACCUUAUUGUUGCUCAUUGCCCCUGUCGUUAUCUUUUGUGUUUUUGUCGCAAGGCAUCUUCGUCACCAUUUCUCGUCCUACAAUGCAGGAUAUGCAAUCAUUGUAGCUGCUAUAGUCUUCACCAUUCAUGUUCUAGUUUUGUUGUUUCUAACCUCAUCCCGAGAUCCUGGGAUUGUGCCACGUAAUUCACACCCUCCAGAAGAAGAGUUUCGUUAUGAUACUUCUGCGUCAGUGGAGGUUGGUGGACGGCAGACACCAAGCCUCCAGUUCCCUCGAACCAAAGAAGUAAUGGUCAAUGGACUCCCUGUCAGAGUUAAAUAUUGUGAUACCUGUAUGCUAUAUCGUCCUCCUCGUUGCUCACACUGCUCGAUCUGCAAUAAUUGUGUGGAGCGUUUUGAUCAUCACUGCCCUUGGGUAGGUCAGUGCAUAGGAAUGCGAAACUACCGUUAUUUCUUCUGUUUUGUUUCCUCGGCAGCACUUCUUUGCAUCUUUGUGUUUUCAAUAUCAGCUUACUAUAUCAAGGUUUUGAUGGAUGAUCAUAAAGGUACUGUGUGGACGGCAAUGAAAGAAUCUCCUGUAUCUGUGAUUCUGAUGGGUUACUGUUUCAUAUCGUUAUGGUUUGUUGGUGGGCUGACUGGAUUUCACCUUUAUCUAAUAAGCACAAAUCAGACAACCUAUGAGAAUUUCCGCUACAGAGCUGACAACAGGAUCAAUGUCUAUGAUCGUGGUUGCUUAAACAACUUUUCUGAAGUAUUCUGUACACCGGUGAAGCCCUCAAAGAACAACUUCCGAGCUUUGGUGCAGGAGGAAUCCCAGAGGCCACCGAUGCCCAUUUCUAGGGACAAUGCCGAACCAGAGGAACCUGGAGAUGGCCGACGUAUGAAGGUGGAAGAUGAUUUAGACAUCGGUGGAGAUCUUUUGAAAAUCUCACAGCGUCAUAACAUUGAAGACAUUGAAGCUGACAUUCGUAGUAGAGGAAGCGACGUACCCCAUCACAAUUCAUCUGAAGGAGAUUCCGCGUUGGGUUCUGACAGACGUCCCCCUGGCGUGCAAUCAGAACCAACACGACACCCAAAUUGGGGGCGAAGUGGGAGCUGGGACAUCGGCAAUGAGGGAAACUUCGCCAAUUCGAAAGAAGCAUUGCAGUCAGUGUGAAGAAGAGCAGUAGGCGUGCACCGGACAUCAAGCGGUAAACUUGCAACUCGAACGAUGUUCCUUUUGCGUUUAGAUAUUGGAAGAAAAAUGCCAUCUUCUAUUCAAUCCAAGGCCAAGUUGAUCCAUUUUUACUACCUGUUUAGGCUAAGAUUUGUGCUAUCAUUCAUCUCUUGCUCAUCCUUGGAUCAAUCUAAUCUUUGCCUUUUUUAUUAUUUUUAUGAAAAAUGUGAAGGUUUUAUGUAAUUGUGGUGGGGGAAAAUGUCGUUUUUCUUACUUUGUAUUUACCUCAAACUUCCCUAUUUGAUAUCCAUAGUGUGUGUGGGUUAAUGAAUCAGUAUUCUUUGUGUAA